AUGACCACAGCCCAGAACGGCCACGGGCGAGUGGCCGCCAUCCCCUGCUCGGCCUCGGAUGCCGCGGACCCUAGCGCGGUGACCUACCCCGCCUGUCAGAACGGGGGAUGCAGCGGCGGCGCCUGCGAAGCCCAGGACGCCAGGCCGGGCCCCGCCAAGUUCGUGCGCCUCUUCUCGGUGAGCCGGAGGCGGGCGGGCGCCCCCGUCGAGCGGCCUCGCUCCGUGGUCCUGAUGGGGCACUCUUCCACCUGGAACGCCCUGGCCUCCUUCCGCAAGAUGGGCUCCUUUAAAAAGCUGAGGUCCUCCGUCUUCCAAGGAAUUCAAAACAGAGAGGGGUGCGAUGCCGCCAAGGCGGAGGCCUUGGAGCCUGACGCGGGCCCGGCCCUCCCCAACGGCGCGGCCGUGGCCCUCCCCGCGGGCGGCGGGCGCGGGGCCUCGGAAGCCACGGGCGGGCCGCCCCAGCCCGGGCCCGCGUCCGACGGCUCGGAGCCCGAGGAGGCGGACGACGCCUUCCAGAGGAGCACGCACCGCUCCCGCAGCCUGCGCCGCGCCUACGGCCUGGGCCGCAUCAGCCUCCGGGACGCCGAGCCGCCGGGCCCGCCCGAGCCCCCGGGCCCCCCGGAGCUCCCGGGGUGCGCUGGCUCCGGCCCCGUGCAGGACGCGGAGCACAACGGCGUCGCCUACCGGAGGAGCAAGAGCACCGACAACCUCAACUUCCUUAGGAAGAGCUCCUUCAAGCGGAAGUCCGCCUCCAACCUCGCCGACCUGCGCACGCCCGAGCGGCCCGCGCCCCGCCGGACGCUCAGCAGCUGCUCUGCCGACUCCGAGAAGCUCGGCGGGUCCGGGUCCGAGCGGAGGACCAAACGCUGGAAGAGCCCCAUCCGGGCCAAGGACUGGGACCGGGUGCUCAGGCUGGUGAGCAGCGCCACCGACGCCGCCUGGAAGCGAGAGCAGCGGCCCAAGGGCGAGGCGCCCUGCCCCGGCGAUGCCGCCCCGCGGCCCGGGCCCCGCAGCCGCCUGCACGACGAUUACUCGCGCCGGGCGUCCAGCGGCGCGGAGCCCGAGGGCAGGAGGCCCGGCCCGGCCCCGGACUUCGGUCCCGCGGGGCCGCGGGGCGCCCACGUGGACGUGGAAACCGCGGUGUUUCCUCUCGAGGCCCAGAGCGGAGCACGCGGAGACUCCCCGGAACCCAAACCUGGCGGCCAGUUUACACUGGGACCCGAGCAGCCGCUGACACCCCUGAGGCCCACCGCUCCCAAGCCCCCCAGCCCGCAGAGCCCCGGCUCAGGGAAGGACCCCAACAGCCUCAGCGCGCUGUCCCUGAGUUCUGCCGACAGUAACAGCAACGAAAGGGUGGAAGGUGCCGGGCCCUUCCCAGAUUCGGUGCGAGCCGCGUGUGACAAAGGCGGUGAGGACAGCGGGUCCAGAAGCCACCCUCAGCUGAGCCUUGGCGAGGCCCAGGGGCCAGAGGAGAAGGACGAGGAGGUUUUUACUGAGGAAUCCUGGAGGCGGGGCUCAUCCCUGGAGGAAGAUGGGAAGGAGGCUCAGAGGACCCCCAGGAGGCGAUGGGGCUCUGGGAGGAGGUCCCGGCCUCGACCACUCUCAGACUAUGGCCAGUUUGCCUGUCGAAGUUUGUCUAUUCCUGAAGACUCAAUUGCUGUGGACCCCCAGAAGGAGGACAUUGUGGACAAUGACCACCAGCUGAGCAUGGCCUCCACGGCCCCCGCAGACCAGAAUGCAGCCACGGGCUGCCCCAAAGGAUGCCAGAGAAGGCGCCCCAUCUCCGUGAUAGGCGGGGUCAGCUUUUAUGGGAACAGCCAGACAGAAGCAAUAGAGACUCUUCUAACCCAACCAGCAGCCAGGCCGCCCGUGCCAGCUCACCAGGUGCCACCCUACAAAGCGAUUUCGGCCCGGUUCCGGCCGUUCACAUUUUCCCAGAGCACCCCCAUUGGGCUGGACCGCGUGGGACGGCGGCGGCAGAUGCGAGCAUCCAAUAUUUCUUCAGAUGGCGGUACUGAGUCCUGUGCCUUAGUGGAUGACAACGGCAGCGAGGAGGACUACAGCUAUGAAGACCUCUGUCAGGCCAACCCCAGAUACCUGCAGCCUGGCGGGGAGCAGCUGGCCAUCAACGAGCUGAUCAGUGAUGGCAGUGUGGUCUGUGCAGAAGCUUUGUGGGACCACGUGACCAUGGAUGACCAGGAACUGGGCUUCAAGGCAGGAGAUGUCAUCCAGGUUCUGGAAGCCUCUAACAAGGACUGGUGGUGGGGCCGGAAUGAGGAGAAGGAGGCCUGGUUCCCGGCAAGCUUUGUCAGGUUGCGUGUCAACCAGGAAGAGCUGUCGGAGAAUUCCAGCAGCACGCAGGGCGAGGAGCAGCAGGAGGAUGCCGGCAAGACCCGCCACAAACACGCUGAGAGCAAGCAGCAGAUGCGGACCAACGUCAUCCAGGAGAUCAUGAACACCGAGCGGGUGUACAUCAAGCACCUCAAGGACAUCUGUGAGGGCUAUAUUCGACAGUGUCGCAAGCACACGGGAAUGUUCACUGUUGCACAGCUAGCCACCAUUUUUGGAAACAUUGAAGAUAUUUAUAAAUUCCAAAGAAAAUUUUUGAAAGACCUUGAGAAACAGUACAAUAAAGAGGAGCCUCAUUUAAGUGAAAUAGGAUCCUGCUUUCUUCAACAUCAAGAGGGCUUCGCUAUCUAUUCCGAGUACUGUAACAACCACCCGGGGGCCUGCGCGGAGCUGUCCAGCCUGAUGAAGCAGAGCAGGUACCGGCACUUCUUCGAGGCCUGCCGCCUGCUGCAGCAGAUGAUUGACAUCGCCAUUGACGGCUUCCUGCUCACACCCGUGCAGAAGAUCUGCAAGUACCCCCUGCAGCUGGCCGAGCUGCUCAAGUACACCACGCAGGAGCACAGUGAUUACAACAAUAUAAAGGCAGCCUACGAGGCCAUGAAGAAUGUAGCCUGUUUGAUCAAUGAGCGCAAACGCAAGCUGGAGAGUAUAGACAAGAUAGCGCGUUGGCAAGUAUCCAUCGUAGGCUGGGAGGGACAGGACAUUUUAGACCGAAGUUCCGAACUGAUCCAUUCUGGGGAGCUGACCAGAAUCACUAAGCAAGGCAAGAGCCAGCAGCGGACAUUCUUUCUGUUUGACCACCAGCUCGUGUCCUGCAAGAAGGACCUGCUGCGCAGGGACAUGCUCUAUUACCGGGGCCGCACGGACAUGGAGGGCAUGGAGCUCGUGGACCUAGAGGACGGGCGGGACAAGGACUGGAACCUCAGCGUGAAAAACGCCUUUAAGCUCGUCAGCAAAACCACUGACGAGGCUCAUCUGUUCUGUGCCAAGAAACAGGAAGACAAGGCCAGGUGGCUGCAGGCGUGGGCGGAUGAACGGAGACGGGUGCAGGAGGACCGGGAAAUGGGAAUGGAAAUUUCCGAAAAUCAGAAGAAACUUGCCAUGUUAAAUGCGCAAAAGGCAGGACAUGGAAAGUCAAAAGGCUAUAAUGGAUGCCCCGUGGCCCCCCCACACCAGAGCUUGCACCCCAUGCACCAGCGCCACGUCACGGUGCCCACCAGCGUCCCGCAGCAGCAGGUGUUCGCCCUGGCAGAACCCAAGCGGAAGCCGUCGCUGUUCUGGCACACUUUCACCAAACUCACCCCUUUCAAGAAAUGA